AUGGCCGACAUGGCAUCCCCCGAAGAAGCCGUCCUCUAUCGCAAGCAAGGCCGCGUGGCGAUUGUCACGCUCAAUCAGCCCAAGAAACUCAAUGCCAUGACCCAGCCCUACUACUACCGCGUCUCGUGUCUCCUCCGAGAGAUCGCAGAAGACCCAGACGUCAGCGUCACGGUGCUGACAGGAUCAGGCCGCUUCUUCUCGGCUGGUGCGAAUGUCACAACGACACGGCCCGGUGUUGGGCCGGGGAUCAGCAAAGAUCAAGCACGCAGCGAUAUUCUGAAGGGGUUUGUGAGCAACAACCUCGACAUCACGCGGUCUUUCUACACGCACCCGAAGAUCCUGAUCGCCGCGCUCAACGGGCCGACCGUCGGCCUGUCUGCGGCGUUGCUGGGUUUCUGUGACUUUAUAUACGCGGCACCGCACACGUUCCUGCUCACGCCGUUCUCCUCGCUAGGGCUGGUUGCUGAAGGAGGAGCGAGCAUUGGGCUCGUGCAGAGACUGGGCUUGACGAAGGCGAAUGAGGCCCUGAUUAUGUCAAGGAGAAUACCCUGCGACGAGCUCGUGGCAUGCGGGUUCGUGAAUAAAGUGUUCCAGGGUAAGGACCAGAAUGAUAGUGAUGGAUUCUUGAAGAAGGUGUUGGACGAGGUUGAGGACAAGUUGGGCGAGCAUUUGAAUCAGGAGAGUCUAAUUAAAAUCAAGGAGUUGAUCAGGCGGCCUUUCUUGGAGGCUUUGGAGGCACAGGGCGUCCGCGAGGUUAUGGAGGGCAUGGCGAGGUUUGCGAAGGGUGCGCCACAAGAGGAGUUUAGAAAGAUUGCGAGUGGGGAGAAGAGGCAUAAACUGUAA